AUGGGUGGCACCGCCGCAGGCGGCUGUGCGGAGGGCGCGCCAGCACGGGCUGCGGCAGCGGCGGCGCCGUCUCUCACCCACGUGGACGGCAGCGGGCGCGCGGCGAUGGUGGACGUGGGCGGCAAGGACAGCACCGCCCGCGAGGCGCGUGCGUCGUGCCGCGUGCUGCUGGGACCUGAGGCGUUCGCCCUUGUCCAGUCCAACAGCAUCAAGAAAGGCGACGUCCUCACGGUGGCGCAGCUGGCGGGCGUGAUGGGCGCCAAACACACCGCGCUGCUCAUCCCGCUGUGCCACAGCCUGCUACUCAGCAAGAGCCUGGGGCCCCCGGCAUUGCUGCGGCCGAUGAUGUACUACGAAAUUGGUGAAUUCUGUGUGGACGUCAGCCUGCAGCUGGACCCGCCCUCUCACGCCGUGCGCAUCUGCAGCAUGGCGCGCACUGUGGGGCAGACCGGCGUCGAGAUGGAGGCGCUCACCGCGGCGGCAGUGGCGGCGCUGACCGUGUACGACAUGUGCAAGGCGGUGGCGAAGGACGCGUGCAUCACAGACCUCCGGCUGGACUUCAAGAGCGGCGGCAAGAGCGGGACGUACGCCAGGGAGGCUCCUCCAUGA